AUGCGGAACCGCCGAUCUGCUGCACUUGUCGCCAGGCUGAAGUACACGCAAAUAUCUAUCAGAACGCGGGAGUACGUAGAGAGGGCGAAGAAGAUGGCGAGGGCCCCGAUUGACACGGACUUUGUGCAAAUGGCACGGUGGUCCCCAGAAGAGUUCGUCCACUACCUCGUGUCCGCUGGCAUAUUGCACGACUUGAAAGGGACGCCGUGCCCGCGAGGGAAGUGCCAAUCCUCCAAGAAGUCGAGCUUCCUCGAGGGCGGGGAGAAGGAGCUGGGCCAAUUGCGAUGCAAUGCUGAAAAGGGGCAGGAUAUUAUCAUUGAGACUGCGUGGCACGCGUGUGGCGUGUGCCGCGUGCACCAAUCCGUGGCUCUGCACAAUCCGUUGUUCUCUGGCCUGCUUGGGAAGGGCAGCAAGGGCGUGUCGAUGUGCGUGAUGGCGUGGUGGCUAGCCGCUGAAGGGGUCCCUGAGUCGGUGGCAGUGCGGCAGCUCAAUAUCCAUGAGGGCGUCGUGCAAGGUUACUACGCCCGGGCUCGCGCGAUCAUGUCUGCGGCAGCGAUUCGCAUGCAAAGGGGUAUCAGGUGGGGCACCGGCUCUUCUCGAACGGUCGAGGUGGAGGUCGAUGCCACGGUCAUUUGCAAGUGGAAAGCCGAGGAGAACGCCGAGCUGACGCAUUCAUAUUACUGUUACAUUGGCAUUCGCCAGCGAGGUAGCACGUCCCACUUCGCCAUGAUGCCGCUGGGCGGCCGCGUGGCCCCCGAAUCGUCCGAGGCGUAUCACGCUUUCUGCAAGGAGAUCCUUGGCGACCGCAAGUACAAUCUGCUGCUCAUGACAGACGGCGCGGGCUGCUACAAGUGCCGCUGCUCGGAUUGCGUCGUGCGGUUCGAGGAGCACCACAGCGUGAACCACUCCAGGAAGCCGAAGGCCGAGUUUUCCCGGCCCAUCCCCGCGGUCGUCGCCGACGUCGACACGGGCCACACGAGGGGAUCUAUGGCUGGCACGAUGACGAUCGACAAAGAAUGGGAUCUUCUCAAGGAGCCUUUGCCACGGAACCUGACUGCCCGCACUGUGGAGGACGUCGAUAGGACGGACGGCUACGUGAGGCACCCGCACGCCAUCGCGACGGGCAUGCCGACGGCCGCGGCCCCGAGCAUCGUGACGGCCUGGCACGCGGGCGCCCUGUGGGGCGAUCGGUAUCUUGAGCGCCAGGGCAGCGCUCCCGUGCGCGGCCGGCAUGCCUUGAACAAUUUGUUGGGGGCGCCGCAGUUCUCGGACGGCGACUUGGAGGCAUUCACGAGCAGCGACGACAUGUUGGGGGCGCUGGUGAACCAUAACAACGUCCAUUGGUCGGCUAUCCAG